GGAAGGGCAGGUACUUGCGGUUGUGUUUGUAUCGGAGCUGUGAGAUUAAACUGGGCGGCGUGUUCUCGGUCCAAAGACCCACGUUGUGGUACAAGAUUUACACCAAACCUACCUGCACAUUUCUCAAUACAAUUUUAGGCACUCUGUCCGUACGAAAAGGAUGGGAGGCAACAGCAGCAGCCACGUCUCGUAUGAAGACGACCACGUUACUUUUGUGAAGGGCAUUCGGCUGACUGACAAAGUCAUCAAUCGAAUGAGAGAGGAGUGCCAGGCCCAGAAGGUUGUCCAACCUCGCUCACAGCAGAAUGGAGCUGCUUCCACGCUCUCAACAGAACCUCUGGUCCCUGUGUCCACACCGGCCCCCACAGUCCAUCAUUUGGUCUCCCCUUCCCUGUUUAUCCCCACAGCCCCUCCACCUGCGGUCCUACCCACACCUCCGUCUCCCCCUGUUCAGCCAGUAAAGCUUACUCCACCACCUCCUGUCACAUUUGUCUCUGCUCCCUGUCCACCUGCGGCCCUACCCACACCUCCCUGUCCACCUGCGGCCCUACCCACACCUCCCUGUCCACCUGCGGCCCUACCCACACCUCCCUGUCCACCUAAGGAAUCGAUAGUCCGAGCUCCAGCUGUUGAACCUAUUGUUCCACCUCUAGAUACCAAAGUGCUUCCUCAAGGGGCAGAACCCAUACUUCCUCUGGUGCCUUUAGAACCUAUAGCGCCAUCUUUGGCCCCAUCUCCACCAAUAGAAGAACCAGUACCCGUACUCCUAUGUACCCCUACUACUGAGGAACCUGUAGUUCUGCCGACACUGGCUGAACCUAUUGUCCAACUUGUCCCUAUAGAACCCGUAUUACCACCUAAGCCUGUGAAACAUGUUCUAGCUUCUCCAGCUGUGGAACCAAUUGUGCUGCCUCCAGUGGUUGAAUCUGUUGUCCUACAUCACCCUGUAGAACAGGUAGACCCACUUACCCCUGACCCUUCACCUGUUGAAGCUAUUGUCCUGCCACCUGUUGUGGUUGAGGAAGUAGCAACACCUACCCUCGUACAACCGGUAGUCCCCCCUGUUGCAGAACCUCCCCCAGUCCUAGCACCUAUCCCAGAGCCUAUUAUGGAGGAACUUCCUCCAGCACCAUGUCCCUCCAUGGAGCUGGCCACCCUGCCUACUGCAUCGGCUGCUAGCAAACCAACUGAUCUCCCUCCCCCUGUAGAAGAGCCCAUAGCUCCCCCUCCUCCUCUCUCUGCCCCAGUAGAACCCAUGGUCAGCAUUCCACUACUCCCUCUCAUUGAAAACGUGGCUGUUCCAGUCGUGGCUCCUGUUGUGACCCCCCCUGUGAUCCCACUGCAACCUCCAUUAGUGGUAGAUGAAGAAGUGCUGAGGAGGCAGAUCCAAGCUGAGCUGACGAAGGGCCUGGAACAGGAGAUGAAAGUGAAGCGGCAAGAGUUUGAAAAACAGUUGUAUGAGGUGAAGGUCCAGGCCAGAGCCCAGGCUCAGGCUGUAGCCCAGGCUCAGAUCCAGGAGGAGGUUAAGAAAAUCCUGGCUGUGGAGAAGGCAGCGCAGGGAGAGAACCUGAUGGCGGCCAUAGAGAAGGAACGCAUGACCACAGAGGAUGAGAGACUCAUGGCCCAGCUCUACUGGAUAGAGCUUAAGGCCCACAAACUGGAGGAGAAAGAGAACCAGGUGAAGAAACAAGAUGCACUCUUCAGGGAACAGGUCGCCAAGCUGGAAGAAAAGAGUGCUCAGUUCUUCAAAGUCACCACAGAGAACUUCAAGAAGGGCAGAGAGGACGCUCACAACACCUUCAAGCGUGUUGACAUCAAGCCAGUGUGUGGUGACCUGCAGAGUCAGAUCCUGAAGUGCUACAGGGAGAACACUGGACAGACCCUCACCUGCUCUGGUAUCGCCAACUUGUAUAUGAAGUGUGUGGACAACCACAAGACUAAGAGCAUUGGAGGUUAGAAGAGCCUAAUUUUUCACCAAUGGCGUUACUGUUUAACUAGAGGGACAGGAGCUGAACGCCAUCAGCCAUCGAGACACACCAAAAACCAGUUGAACUGUUCUGAGACCAUGACCACCCCAGCUGAAGACACUCCUGCUCCACCACAUCCCUUCCUCCCAUCCAUGGUAUCUGUAUUAACCCCCCCUCCCCCGGGAGGGUCAGAGGUACAAUGAGGAGCUCAUGUCCUGACCCAGUACAGGCUAGAGACUGAUACUGAUGUCAAAGGAUGUGAGAGAGAGCGCACAAUAUGGUUCUUGGGUACACAAAUGGACAGUGCUAUUAGCACUACACUGAUGGAAAAUGGACAUUGUUACUAUGACAGGAAAUGGAACCAGAAAUGCAACACGUGCACUACACUAUGACAGAAAAUUUACAUUGUUACUGUGACAGGAAAUGUGAGACAUCUCAUCCCUGACUGAAUAUAAAAUGCUUUAUACAUCUCCACCAAUGGAAAUAUUGGGAUUACGGUUUUGCCGUUGACAGCAGUAUGAAACAUAAUGGAAUGGCCAAGUUGUGAAAGAUAUUGUGCAUUGUUGAGUUAAUACGCACCUAUGCCUUAAUGUCCUAUCAAAACACAAAUGUUGCCUAUGGGAAAAAAAUAUAUUGUAAUUUUGAUCUUUAUUGUUAUAAAAUACAAACGGAAAUGGGGGUGAAAA